CUUUACCCCAACCAGUAGUCGCCUUCACCCAACUCACUACGUUUACUGAGCUGUGCUUAAGCGGAAGAAACCAAUAGAAAGAUUCAAAAGCUCAACCUACCAAAUUUAGUGCGGUUCCGUCAUAUUCUAACGACGCUACCUUAACUAAUACAGCCAUCUUAGAGCUGUCUUGAUCUCCGACACAACCUCUUCUUUCCAUAAAUUCUUACAAAAACAUCCAUCUAUCCAUCCUUUCUGAAAGUCCAAUCUAUCUUUCAUCCACCUCUUCUUUCUUACUUUGAUAAAGUCUCUUUUAAUCUUAAACUCUAUCGCCAUUUGAAAGGACUAUUUACAAACAGAACUGAUCAUUUGUUACGACUGUCAAGGUCAACCCUCUAUCAAAAUGUCUGCUGAACCCGACCACGUCGAGCACAAGAAGAAGGUCAAUCUCAAUGAUGCAUCUGGUGCUGAGCACAAAGGCAAUGAUGAUAUUGCAACUGCCAUCUUAAAGAAGAAGAAGAAGCCAAACUCGUUGAUGGUUACUGAUGCUAUCAACGAUGAUAACUCUGUUAUCGCUCUCUCCAACAAUACCAUGGAAACUUUACAAUUGUUCCGUGGAGAUACCGUUUUAGUCAAGGGAAAGAAGCGCAAGGACACUGUUCUCAUUGUUCUUGCUGAUGAUGAUCUCGAUGACGGAAGCGCACGUAUGAACCGUGUUGUUAGACAUAACCUCCGUGUUAAGCACGGUGACGUUAUUACCGUUCACCCAUGUCCGGAUAUCAAAUAUGCCAAGCGCAUUGCAGUCCUUCCUAUUGCCGAUACUGUCGAAGGUCUCACCGGAUCUUUAUUCGAUGUUUUCUUAGCACCAUAUUUCCGCGAAGCCUACCGACCUGUACGACAAGGCGAUCUUUUCACAGUUCGUGGUGGUAUGAGACAAGUUGAAUUCAAGGUAGUUGAAGUCGACCCUCCCGAGUACGGAAUCGUAGCCCAAGAUACAGUCAUCCACUGCGAAGGAGAGCCCAUCCAGCGUGAAGACGAAGAAGGCAAUUUGAACGAGGUCGGAUACGACGACAUUGGAGGAUGCAGAAAGCAAAUGGCACAGAUCAGAGAGAUGGUUGAGUUGCCAUUAAGACAUCCCCAACUAUUUAAGUCUAUCGGUAUCAAGCCUCCUCGUGGUGUUCUCAUGUUUGGUCCACCAGGUACUGGUAAGACACUCAUGGCCAGAGCCGUUGCAAACGAGACCGGUGCUUUCUUCUUCUUGAUCAACGGACCCGAGAUUAUGUCAAAGAUGGCCGGUGAAUCCGAAUCGAAUUUGCGCAAGGCUUUCGAAGAGGCUGAGAAGAACUCGCCUGCGAUCAUCUUCAUCGACGAGAUCGACUCUAUUGCCCCAAAGCGUGACAAGACCAACGGAGAAGUCGAACGUCGUGUUGUCUCGCAAUUGCUUACCCUUAUGGACGGCAUGAAGGCUAGAUCCAACGUUGUUGUCAUGGCCGCCACAAACAGACCUAACUCCAUCGACCCUGCCCUCCGUCGUUUCGGUCGUUUCGAUCGUGAAGUCGAUAUUGGUAUCCCUGAUCCAACCGGUCGUCUUGAAAUCCUUCAAAUCCACACCAAGAACAUGAAGUUGGGUGAUGAUGUUGAUCUCGAGCAAAUCGCCUCCGAGACUCACGGUUACGUCGGUUCUGAUGUUGCCUCCCUCUGCUCCGAAGCUGCUAUGCAGCAAAUCCGUGAAAAGAUGGAUCUUAUCGAUCUUGAUGAAGAUACUAUCGACGCCGAGGUUCUCGACUCCCUUGGUGUUACCAUGGACAACUUCCGUUUCGCUCUCGGUGUUUCCAACCCAUCUGCUCUUCGUGAAGUUGCAGUUGUCGAAGUUCCAAACGUUCGCUGGGACGACAUCGGAGGAUUGGAAGAGGUCAAGCGCGAGCUCAUCGAGAGCGUGCAAUACCCCGUCGAUCACCCCGAAAAGUUCCUCAAGUUCGGUCUUUCUCCAUCUCGUGGUGUCUUGUUUUACGGUCCUCCUGGUACUGGUAAGACCUUACUCGCCAAGGCUGUUGCCAACGAGUGUUCUGCAAACUUCAUUUCCGUUAAGGGUCCAGAAUUGCUGAGUAUGUGGUUCGGUGAAUCUGAGUCUAACAUCAGAGAUAUUUUCGACAAGGCUCGUGCUGCCGCACCUUGUGUUGUUUUCCUCGAUGAGCUUGAUUCUAUUGCCAAGUCUCGUGGUGGAUCUAACGGCGAUGCUGGUGGAGCUUCUGACCGUGUUGUCAACCAACUUUUGACUGAAAUGGAUGGUAUGACCUCGAAAAAGAACGUUUUCGUCAUUGGUGCUACCAACAGACCUGAGCAACUCGACAACGCUCUUUGCAGACCUGGUCGUCUUGACACCCUUGUCUACGUUCCACUUCCCAACGAGAGCUCUCGUGCUGGUAUCUUGAAGGCACAACUCAGAAAGACUCCAGUCGCCGAUGAUGUUGAUCUCAGCUACAUUGCAUCCCGUACUCACGGCUUCUCUGGUGCUGAUUUGGGAUUCAUCACCCAACGUGCCGUCAAGCUCGCCAUCAAGGAAUCUAUUUCUUUGGAUAUCGAACGCCGCAAGGCUCUCGAGGCCGCUGGUGGUGACGUUGACAUGGAGGAAGAGGAUGUUGAGGACCCAGUUCCAAAAUUGACCAAGGCUCAUUUCGAAGAGGCCAUGUCACAAGCCAGACGAUCCGUUUCUGAUGUCGAAAUCCGCCGAUAUGAGGCAUUCGCUCAGAGCAUGAAGAGCUCUGGGCCUGGUGCUUUCUUCAAGUUCCCAGAAGCUGGUGAGGCCGCCGAGGCUAAUGGAGGAGGUGCUGGUGGAUUUGGUGAUGCUGGAAACGACGACAGCCUUUACGACUAAAUCUGUACUCUUAAUAUCAUAUUUUUACGUCAUUUUACAGCAUACAUGAGGAGCUAACGAUUGGGAGGGCAUUUGACCCGGUGGACUUUGAUGUAGAGUCUAGAGAUUUCUGCAGAUCAAAGUUGCAUUCAUGACCCCUAAAAGUCAUUGUAUGAAGGGUUGGUAGAGGUAUGGAGAGUUUCAUUCAUGGCGAUAUGUGGCCAAGGUGGUGCCCUUAGCAUAGAAUACCUUAUAAAAACAAAUUUCAUUACAA